AUGGUCCUGCUGAUCUACAUCUACCUUGCCGUGCACCUGCCCAUGCCGAACUGCAAGGGCUACGACUACGAGCGGCUCCGACUGGACGAGGAGUCUGACAAGCAGUCUGAAGAGGAGUCUGAUAGGGAGGACCCGAGAAAUUCAGGAUUGCUUCUGGACGUGGACAAGAGGGACCCAGCCCUGGUUUUGGCAGCUGUGCUGUAUUGGGUGGUGAUGCCCGUCGCUCUGGUCACCCUAGGCUUCGGAGCGACCUGUGCAGGGGGUGCCCCCAAUGUGGCGUUCAUCGUCUACGGUGGUUGCUUCGCCAUACACUUCGCAUGCAUCUUCUGGGCCAUGACAGGCUCGUUGAAAGAAAAGGUGCACGACACGCCGAUGCUCCUCUCGUGCUUUUUCCUGGCUGCUCUGGAGCACUUUGACAUGGCGUCCGAUGCGCUCUUCACAGGGACUUCAGCAGCCUGUAGUGACGAGAUUACGGACUUAUGGCUGAAAUCCUGGAACGACGUGCCCGGCUGUGGCUUCCUGGUGCCCGUGCUCUCGAAGCUGGGCUUCUCCGGUGUUGCACUCACGAUGUUCGUGACGAAUGCAUACUUACCACAACUUCUCGUCGUUCUCGCUUUCGUUGCACCCUUCGUCGCCCUUGUGUUCGUGACCCUCGUCAUCCUCUGGGCAGCCUUGGGUUGCUGGGUGGGCCUCCCGGCCAUGCUGGCGGUCUUCGCAUUGCUGAUCCGCAGCGGCUUCGGACAUUGGCAGAUGGGCGAGCUCCAGCGUGGUGCUUUAUGUGAGGACUCCCUCCUGGCGCUUUACGUUGGAGCCGAGAUCGUGAAACUGCCAGAUUGUCCAGGGCUCGGUGGAGCUGAGGGCCGAGCCCUGUUCAUCCUCGGCACCAAGCUGGUCUUGGAAAACUUGCUGCAGCUAUGGCUCCAGAGCUCCUACCUCUCCCUCUCCUACGACCGGAUGGACACCAGCGCUCGCUGGCAGGCGAUGGCCUCCAUCGCUGUGGGUGUUUGCGUUGCAGGUGGCAAGGGCCUCAAGAUUGCCGCUGUGGCAGUGCCAGCAGGCAUAAGGAAUGCUGAAGAUAUAGUUCGCCAACGCCAAAUAUACUGGUUAUUGGUGGGUGCCAUCGGAGUCUUUAUGAUGCUGGCCGGCUUCGGGUGCCUCGCAUGGGUCGUGGCCAAGGUCGUCUUCAUCUUCCGCUGCGACUCCCACGUUUGGAACCUUUCCACCGGCUGCGUCAGCCCGGAGAUGUAG